AAGUUAAUAAUUUAAAUAAUUUGCAAACGCAGGGCCGUUUCAAUUACCAACGUUAGAAAGAAUAAUAACAAACAACAACGAAAAUGUUGGUAAACGAAGCUAGACAGGUGUUGAGCCGUGCCAGCUCGUUGGUGGGACGUCAUCAGCUACGUUCCAUAACCAAUGGCACCGCCCAACUGGAUCAACAGGCGCAGCCCAAAGAGGCCAAGGAACCGCAAAUUAAGAAGUUCGAAAUCUAUCGCUGGAAUCCGGAUAAUGCCGGCGAAAAGCCCUACAUGCAGACGUAUGAGGUAAAUCUGCGGGAGUGUGGACCCAUGGUCUUGGAUGCCCUCAUCAAGAUCAAAAACGAAAUGGAUCCCACUUUGACUUUCCGCCGCUCUUGCCGCGAGGGAAUUUGUGGUUCCUGCGCCAUGAAUAUUGGCGGCACCAAUACUUUGGCUUGCAUCAGUAAGAUUGAUACCAACGCCUCCAAGUCCCUUAAGGUGUAUCCAUUGCCGCAUAUGUAUGUGGUCAGGGAUCUGGUGCCAGAUAUGAAUAACUUCUACGAGCAAUAUAGAAAUAUUCAGCCCUGGCUGCAGCGCAAAGACGAAGCCGGCGAGCAGAAGGGCAAGGCGCAGUAUCUGCAAUCAGUGGAGGAUCGUUCUAAACUGGAUGGUCUUUACGAGUGCAUUCUAUGCGCUUGCUGCUCAACCUCGUGUCCAUCGUACUGGUGGAACCCUGAGAAGUAUUUGGGCCCUGCUGUCCUUAUGCAGGCCUAUCGCUGGAUCAUUGAUUCGCGUGACGAGAACAGUGCUGAGCGUUUGGGCAAAUUGAGGGAUCCCUUCAGUGUCUAUCGAUGCCACACUAUUAUGAAUUGCACUCGUACAUGCCCCAAGGGCUUGAAUCCUGGACGUGCUAUUGCCGAAAUCAAGAAAUUGCUCUCAGGACUGGCCUCCAAGCCGGCUCCAAAGAUGGAAACGGCAGCGCUUCACAAGUAAGCGACUCUAGGAUGAAAGUAUCUAAUGAACCAGUGGUGUGUGCUUAAUAAGUUAUGAAAUUUAUAUAUGCUUUAAGUACAAUUUGGUACAUAAAGUUAAAAUAAAUGACCUAAAAGUUGUGUGUAUCCCUUAACGAUAAA